CAUCACUCCUUCCCCCACCUCCAGCACAGGACCGUACUCUGACACUUGAACAUGUUGUUGGAUAAACUGGUGCUGUGCGUCCUGUCCGCCCUGUGUAACUGUGAGUUGUGCGGGGGAUUCGUCUACGACCGGCCCAGACGGUCUGGAGAGGGGGGAGGCUCUCCCAGGACUGAGUCUCGCUAUGCGUCUGCUUAUCUGCCGGGCUCUGGCUCCUGUAAGAGCCGGUGCUUUGAGCUCCACGAGACGGAGCCGCCCUACUGCCGAUGUGACAACCUGUGUAAGACCUACAGCAGCUGCUGCUCCGACUUCGACCGGCUCUGCCUCCGCACGGAGGGCGGCUACGAGUGUAGUAAGGACCGCUGUGGAGAGGCCCGCAACGACCUCCACGCCUGCCAUUGUUCUGAGGACUGCCUGGCCAGAGGAGACUGCUGCACCAACUACAAGAGUCUCUGUAGAGGAGACACACCAUGGCUGCAGGAGGAGUGUGAGGAGAUCCGGGCCCCGGAGUGCCCUGCUGGGUUUGUGCGUCCCCCCCUCAUCAUGCUGUCGGUGGACGGCUUCAGGGCGUCCUACAUGAAGCGCGGCGGCAGCGUCAUGCCCAACAUCGAGAAGCUGCGAACAUGUGGUACUCAUGCACCCUACAUGAGACCGGUUUAUCCAUCCAAAACAUUCCCCAACCUUUAUUCCCUGGCCACGGGCCUCUACCCAGAGUCUCACGGGAUCGUUGGGAACUCCAUGCAUGACCCCGGGUUCGAUUCCACCUUCACCCUGAAGGGCAGAGAGAAACUCAACCAUCGCUGGUGGGGCGGGCAGCCCAUCUGGAUCACAGCCAUCAAGCAGGGCCUCAAGGCCGCCACUUUCUUCUGGCCCAUUGCGAUUCCUCUCCAGCGGAGAAUCCUGACCAUGCUGCAGUGGCUGCAUCUCCCCGAGGGCGAGAGGCCCUACGUCUACGCCAUGCACUCGGAGCAGUCGGACGCGUAUGGACACAAAUUUGGCCCCUUGAGUCCAGAGGUGAACAUCCCUCUGAGGGUGAUUGACAGGAUCGUCGGCCAACUGAUGGAUGGCCUGAAACAGAUGAGACUCGAUCGCUGUGUCAAUGUCAUCCUGGUGGGAGAUCACGGUAUGGAGGAUGCCAGUUGUGAGAGGACAGAGUUCCUCAGCAACUACAUGUCCAACGUUGAUGACAUCAUCCUUGUCCCUGGGUCGCUAGGCAGAAUUCGCUCCAGGCAUCCCAACAAUCCAAAAUAUGACCCAAAGGCUCUCGUUGCAAAUCUAACGUGUAAAAAACCUGAGCAACACUUCAAGCCGUACUUGAAGCAGCACCUUCCCAAACGGCUGCACUACGCCAACAACCGCCGCAUCGAAGACAUCCAUCUUCUGGUGGAGAGGAAGUGGCAUGUGGCCAGGAAAGGGCCGGAGGGAAAGAGGCACUGUGGCUUCUUAGGGGACCACGGCUACGACAACAAGAUCACCAGCAUGCAGACCACGUUCUUAGGGUACGGGCCUACCUUUAGGUUCAAGACUAAAGUGCCACCCUUUGAAAACAUUGAGCUUUAUAAUGUCAUGUGCGACCUCCUGGGUCUGAAGCCGGCCGCCAACAACGGGACCCACGGCAGCCUGAACCACCUGCUGAGGAGCCCGGUCUUCAGGCCCGCCAUGCCCGAGGAGGUGUCCAGGCCGUCGCCGCCAGCCCCCGUUCCCACGGUAACAGACGACCUGGGCUGCGCCUGCGACGACAAGGUCAGCCUCGAUGUCUCGGCGGCAGCCCCGGGGCGUUCUAGCAAACGUCACGGACAACAGCGCUUUGAGGCCAUGCAGAACAAAGUGGAGGAGCUAAACCAACGACUGAAGCAAGCUAUUGAUGACAGUAGAAACCUGCCGUACGGACGGCCCGCGGUCAUGUUCCGCGCCAAGUACUCUGUCCUCCACCACAGCGACUUUAUCAGUGGCUACAGUGAGGCCCUCUCCAUGCCCCUUUGGACGGCCUUCACCGUGGGCCGGCAGGUGGAGGUGCACCCCCUGCCCGAGAGCCUGUCUAACUGCGUGAGACCGGACCGCCGCGUGCCCCCCGCCUUCAGCCAGUCCUGCACCAACUACAGAGCAGACAAACACAUGUCCUACGCCUUCCUGUACCCCCCGCAGCUCUCUUCAACCAUGGAUGGGAAGUACGAAGCACUCCUCAUCACCAACACAGUUCCCAUGUAUCCUGCUUUUAAAAAGGUUUGGGGCUUCUUCCAGAGGGCUCUGGUGAAGAGGUACGCCAUGGAGAGGAACGGGGUGAACGUAGUGGCCGGACCCAUCUUCGACUACGACCACGACGGAGUCAGGGACUCUGCUGAGAAGAUGAAACAGUAUGUGAGCGGUACGAUGCCCAUCCCCACACACUACUUUGUGGUGGUGACCAGCUGCCUAGACUUCCCCCAGGCCGCAGACGUCUGCACGGGGCCCCUGAGCAGCUUCGCCUUCGUCCUGCCUCACAGACCGGACAACGAGGAGGCCUGCAACAGCUCUGAGGACGAGUCCCGGUGGGUCGAGGAGCUGAUGAAGAUGCAUACGGCCAGGGUCCGAGACGUGGAGCUCCUGACAGGGCUGGACUUCUACCGCCGGACCAACCAGAGCUACCCCGAGAUCCUGUGGCUGAAGACGUACAUGCACACCUACGAGAGUGAGAUCUGAACAGCCACGCAGCGUACAGGGCCUUUCUGGUCAGUCCCACACAUGCAGUUCACAGCAAGAUCUGAAAUGUUCAACUAAAAAGAGAUUAAGCUCCCAAAAAUCUUUAAAUGUAUAAAAUGCAGUAUUUAUUUUGUUCAAUGGGUUUUUAAGAAUGUCCCUUGGAGAUAGACAUUGAAGUGGUUGGUGUGGGUAAAAGUCCGGCCAUGUUUACCGCAAUGUUUUCAACGUAUAAUUGUUGGAGUUAAGGUGGGGGAUGUUUGAGUAUGGGGUCAAGAAUCAGCCGAUUUAGAGAAAUGCUUUGUGUCCCUUUGAACUGUGUUCUUCUGCUGGUGGUGUGACUGCUGGUGGUGUGACUGAGACCAAAUGAUCACUAUUUGUCUUAUUUUUUUGUAACGUGAUGUGUUGCUGGAUGUUUAUAUUUUGAUACUUGUACUCUAGCUUCUCGUCAUUCAAAGUACACCAAUCUAUAUGUCCCCAACAUUGAGCACCAGCAGGAUAUGCUGUUUACAUAAUGUGUCCCGCUUGGCUACUUAAAAGCUACAUAAGGUUUGGUUUUACUGGUUCGCAACUAACCUUGUAGCUCCAAGUGGAUGAUCUGAUGAACAUUGCUGGAUGAAUAUUGAAUGAGUGUGAUGUUGUUACACAAUGUGAACAACCUUGAUAGUACCACUGCUUUAUGAUUUGCUUGUACCAAAAAUAGUGGGACCUUAAGCUGUCAAUCAAAAGUGCACACAGGGGGAAGUCUGCUCUGGACUAGCUUCAGAGUUAGCCUCGAACCCUCCAUUCAUCCUUCACUACUUUUACCGUAGAUAAAAUGUGGAAUACCUCGCAGGGCUCCAGACUAACGUUGAACUAAGUUUCUCCUUUAGUGGCAGUAGCACAUUUUUUGUCACACAGUAACUGGAUGAUCCUAGGGUUUGGUUCUCUGUUCUAGUGCUACGGUUAGGGGCUCUGAUUGUUGGGGAUUGGGUUAGAGUUAGGGGUUCAUAUGG